GCGGCCGAGCGCCGGGAGCCUUGGUAACGCGCGGGCCGCGUGUGGCGCGUGUGGCUGAGUGGCUGCGGCCCGUUCUGCCCGGCCAUGAAGAUCGAGGAGGUGAAGAGCACCUCGAAGACGCAGCGCAUCGCCGCCCACAGCCAUGUCAAGGGGCUGGGGCUGGACGAGAGCGGCACCGCCAAGCCGGCGGGGGCCGGGCUGGUGGGGCAGGAGAAUGCGCGGGAGGCUUGUGGAGUUAUAGUGGAACUAAUCAAAAGCAAGAAAAUGGCUGGCAGAGCUGUGCUGUUGGCAGGACCUCCUGGAACUGGCAAGACUGCUCUGGCUUUAGCUAUUGCUCAGGAACUGGGAAGUAAAGUUCCCUUUUGUCCUAUGGUUGGAAGUGAGGUCUAUUCCACUGAGAUCAAGAAAACAGAAGUUCUAAUGGAAAACUUCAGACGUGCAAUUGGGCUGAGGAUUAAAGAGACCAAGGAGGUUUAUGAAGGAGAAGUGACAGAACUAACUCCAUGUGAGACUGAAAACCCUAUGGGGGGGUAUGGCAAAACCAUCAGCCACGUAAUUAUAGGACUCAAAACCGCAAAGGGAACCAAACAACUGAAGCUGGACCCAAGCAUAUUUGAAAGUUUGCAGAAGGAGCGAGUGGAAACCGGUGAUGUUAUUUAUAUUGAAGCAAACAGUGGAGCUGUCAAGAGGCAGGGCAGGUGUGAUAUCUAUGCUACGGAAUUUGACCUUGAAGCUGAAGAGUAUGUUCCCUUGCCAAAGGGUGAUGUGCACAAGAAAAAGGAAAUUAUUCAGGAUGUCACCCUGCAUGACUUGGAUGUGGCCAAUGCUCGACCUCAGGGUGGGCAAGACAUUCUUUCUAUGAUGGGACAGCUGAUGAAACCUAAGAAAACAGAAAUUACUGACAAACUUCGAGGAGAGAUAAAUAAGGUGGUGAAUAAAUACAUCGAUCAAGGCAUCGCAGAGCUAGUCCCAGGUGUGCUCUUUGUAGAUGAGGUUCAUAUGCUGGAUAUUGAGUGUUUCACAUACCUACACCGAGCACUGGAAUCUUCUAUUUCCCCCAUUGUCAUCUUUGCUUCAAACCGAGGAAACUGUGUUAUCAGAGGCACAGAGGAUAUAGUGUCUCCUCAUGGAAUACCACUGGACCUGCUGGAUAGAGUCAUGAUCAUCCGAACCAUGCUGUAUACACCCCAAGAAAUGAAGCAGAUCAUAAAACUUCGUGCUCAGACAGAAGGAAUUAAUAUUAGUGAAGAAGCCCUAAACCAUUUAGGAGAAAUUGGUACCAAGACAACCUUAAGGUAUGCUGUGCAGUUGCUGACCCCUGCUAACCUGCUUGCCAAGAUUAAUGGGAAAGACAGCAUCGAGAAAGAGCAUAUUGAAGAAAUAAAUGAACUUUUCUAUGAUGCCAAAUCCUCAGCAAAAAUCUUGGCUGAUCAACAGGAGAAGUACAUGAAAUGAAGAGCUUAUCACGUUAGAUGCUUUGAAGUGGUUUUAACCCUUACCCAGGGCUGGCUUAAUUACUGAAUGAGAAAUGUCAAUGGUUUGUCUCUUUUGGGACUGAAAAAUAUUUAAAUGUUGGGCUGCUUUGUCAGGCCAGGAUUAGCUAUCAAGUGUUCCUGUUUCAUUAUCAACAAUAAGAUGCUCCAUGAUGUCUGUGUAACAUCUUAGUCUCCCUUUCACGAGUAUAUAAUGACAUGAAUAGCUCUUGACCCGUCAGUUAUAUCUUUAGAUUUCGUUACAGGAGAGCUCUAACUGAAGUUGAUGCUUAAGAAUAAUCUAUUUUCUUUAUGAAUGGUGUUUUAAAAUAGUUUCCUUUUACAGAUGAGAAGGGGUUUUUUUUGAAUCCAAGUUUGUCUGAAGUGCUUUAUAAUGAAAUGUUUCAAGAACAGUGGAAGCUGGUGUGUGUUUGCAUGGAUGUUGACCUGCCCAAAGGAACAGUCACAGCAAGGUGCAAUUAAAGCUGAAUACAAGUGAAAUAGAUCUGCAACAGAAAAACAGAUCUAUAGCUAAGAAAUAGUAAUGGCACCUUUUUGAAGUGUUUACUCUUUUUUUUAGGUCUUGGUUUUGUUUUCUGAAGCCUCCUUUGGGGAAUGCAGAAAUACACAAACUAGUUAACUUCACCCUAUUUUUAAAACCUCUCUUCCAGAGUAAUUUAACCUUUCUGUAUGUUUUCUUGAAACAGAUUAAAUAAAAAUUGCUUUCCAUCAUG